CCCAAGAUGAACUUCGCAUGUACGAUCCUAGCCAGCUGCCUUCUGAUUUUCAUCCCUUCUACCAAAGGUGUCGCUCCUACAGCCCCUAAGGUCCAGGACAUCGUGAUCGGUAUCCUGCACCAUGACAUCGUGAUCAUUCCUGAUCCUCCAAAGGAGGGUAAUAUUCAGGAUAUAGAAUGGGAAAAAAACAAAAAGAGGAUUAUACGACGUAUAAAUGGCAAGAUUACCCCCCAGCAACAGGAAAAAUACCAAGUAUUCGAAAAUGGAACUCUGAAAAUUAAACAUCUGCAAAGAAAUGAUAGUGAUAUCUAUGAGGUAAACCUAUAUAAUUCGGACGGAUACAACACAUUGACGCGAACAUUUGAUCUGAAGAUUCUAGAGAAGGGGCUGGAUAUCCCCCUCAUCGUUGGCAUUUGUGGUGGAGGCGUUUUCUUCUUACUCUUUGUGGCGCUCCUCAUUCUCUUCAUCAGCAAGAGGAAAAAACAGCACAGAAGGGAAAAUGGUGGAAAGCUGGAACUCAGAGCACACAGAACCACCUCUGAGGAAAGGAGCCGGAGGCCCAACCAAAUUCCAGCCUCAGCUCCUCCCAAAGCAGCCGCGUCCCAAGCCCCUCCUCCACCUGGUCAUCAUCCCCAGGCACAUGGUCCUCGCCCCCCGCCUCCUGGCCACCGUGCCCAGCACCAGCAGCAGAGGAGGCCCCUUCCUUGCCCUGGCGCCCCUGUCCACCAGCAGAAAGGACCUCCUCUCCCCACGCCUCGGGUUCAACCGAAACCUCCCCGUGGGGCCAGAGAAAACGCAAAACAGUCUUCUGGCAGAGCUGUCCCCGUCCUUUGAUUCAAAGAGGUAGAAACUGUCCCUUCCCGGAAAGGCACCGUGGA